AUGCAAGCUAUAAACAUGGGAGAUAAACAGUCAAGAACACAUGCUCUUUUAAUACCAAAAAAUGAAUGGGUACGGCUAAAAAAGAUUUUGACUAAAAAAGAUGACGAUAAAGCUGCGGUUGAGAUGAUAAAGCGAUUGAGAGAUGAACGACAAGCUACAUCCAAAGCCAUAGCGAAAUCAUGGGACACCACUGUAUUAAACAAAAGAAAGAAAGAAUUAGAAAAUAGACAAAAAUUAAUAGCCCUUAAUGAAGCCAAACAACUAGAAAAAGACGAAAUUAUGAAACUUGAGAUUUUAAAGCGCAGAAAUGCCAUUGUAGAAAAAGCGCUGUUGAAAAAAUGGUCAGAUAGAGAUUCGACGAAAGCACUAACCAGAGCAGUGCACAAGAUGGAGGUACUCCGAGAAAGAACUAUACAAAUGGAAUUCAAUGACGUGGAGAGAGCAAAAGAAUUAGAAGCAAAUCGUUUAUUAAAGAUAGAACAAAAUUUAGAUGUUGAACGAUAUAAGACAGAUCGAUGGGAACAAAAAUUGAAGCAAGCUGAAACUAAAAAAGCUAAUGCUGCUUUCAUCCUAAAAGAAUUAAAAGAACGAGAGAAUAUAAAGCGCGAAAAUGAUAUUAAAUUGAAAGAAGAGGGUAAAGCUGAAUUACAAAGAAUUGCAAAUGAAAUUGAGGAAGACAAUGAGAAUAAAAAAGCUAAAGUUUUAGCAACGAGAGAAAAUCUAAUAAAUCACUUAAAUGAAAACAGAGAAAUCGUGGCUGAAAACAAUAAGCAGCGUCAAUUGAAAGAUCAAGAAGAAAACUUAGUAGUUUCUAUAAUGGCCGAGGCAAAAAAGAAAAUAGCUAAAACAAGAAAACUAAAAGAAAUAGAAAUUUUAAAAGGAAAGCAAACAUUAUUAGAGAAAAUGUUUGAAAUCGCUAACACAAAUCAGGAUAAACAAGAGGUUGCAUUCAAAAACGUCAUUGAAGAGAAAGAACGGAAGUAUCAAAGAGAAGAACUUAAAAAAAAAGUUUUGAUGAAAAAAAGAGAAAAAGAUUUUGAAGAUAAUAAGAAGAUCUGGGAUGAAGAAAUUAAAAAGGAAAAAGAACGUUUGACCCUUAGUCAUCAGUGGGAAAUGGAAAGGUGCCUACGAGAGACUGAGAUGUUACGUUCACUUGAAGAGUCACGGAGACGGGAAAAAAUCAGAGAGAUGAACAGUUUUCGAGAGAAUCUCAACUUACAGUGUAAAAACAAUAGAGCAGCUACUAAAGCUAAUGAACGGGUAGAUCUAGAACAGUAUAAUGAAUAUCUAAACUUAUGGAGGCAACAGGACGAGGAGUUUAUAAAGUAUACUAAAAAUAUGAUAGCUAAGUAUCAAAAAGCUGGGACAUCUGUAAUACCACUUAUAAAAGCCAUCGAAGAUUAUAAGAAAAACAACAAACUACUGUCAAAUGCACCAGUCAAUAGGAAUUGCGAAAUAAAUCUUUAA